AGGCAGUGACAUCGAGCGUAAUAACUCGAGUGCACGGCUCGCGGAUGAUGCGAGUAAGCUCGCGUCGCGACAUGAGGUGAUCGACGCUUUCCUCAAACUAUAUUCAGUGAAAUAAUGUAAAAUAAUCGCAAUAAUAACGCUGAAUAACAGCGCUAGUGAAUAAACAAGCGUUUUAUAUAUGUCUGCCGGCCGGCGCGUCGUCGCGUCCACAAAAAAAAAGACUAAUUUUCGAUGUCAGUGCCCUUCAGAAUCCCAGUGUCAGUUUAGUGUGGUUUUAAAAUAGCUAAAUGGAUAAACAGCGUGCAAUGUUCGUAUGAGGAAGAAAGGGAACAGAAACAUUGUAAGUGGAGUGCGUUGAUAUUGUUGUGUAUGAGCAGAUAUGCGGAAUAGGUCGGCCCGAUUCCCGGAGAUUUUAGCAUACGAGUGGGGUGCCCGCCGCUGAUCGAACCACGGACGGAGAUGUCGGUGGGGCUGCAACGGCGAGUGCCGGCGCUGGACGAGGGCGCGGGCGGGGUGCCGGCGACAUGGAAGAGCGGCAACAACGACCCCCCCUUCCCCUCGUUCGCGCCGCCGGCGGGCUCGCCCGCGGGCCCCGCGUUCGCGGCCUCGCCCGCGCCGUCCACGCCGGGCCCGGGCGCCGGGUUCGCGGGCCCGCCGUACGCGGCCCCCGGCCCCUUCGGCAGCCCCUCAGCGCGGCCCGGCUCCGGCGGCGGCUUCCCCCCAGGGCCCCCGCAGCAGGCCCACUUCCCAGGUCCGGGUUUCGCCCCGCCUGGGUCACCUUUUCACCCGCACCCGCCGCAUCCGCCGCUGCCGCCGCACCCACACAUGAUGGCGCCACUACCGCCUCCUGUUGACAGGCGACACGCACCUUACUUCGGACAGCCAGACUACAGAGUUUAUGAGCUCAACAAAAGAUUACAACAAAGGACAGAGGAAUCGGACAACCUUUGGUGGGAUGCGUUCGCGACAGAGUUUUUCGAGGACGACGCGACGUUAACCCUAACGUUUUGUUUAGAAGACGGACCCAAAAGAUACACGAUUGGAAGGACCCUUAUACCGCGUUACUUUCGCAGCAUAUACGAGGGUGGUGUCUCAGAACUGUAUUAUACGAUGCGCCAGCCCAAGGAAUCCUUCCACAACACAAGCAUAACCCUGGACUGCGACCACUGCACCAUGGUCACGCACCACGGCAAACCCAUGUUCACAAAGGUGUGCACGGAGGGCCGGCUGAUCGUGGAGUUCACGUUCGACGACCUGAUGCGCAUCAAGUCGUGGCACCUGGCCGUGCGCGCGCACCGCGAGCUGAUCCCACGCCAGGCCGCGCUGCCGCCCGACGCCGCGGCGCUCGACCAUCUCACCAAGAACAUCACUCGCCAGGGCAUCACCAACUCCACGCUCAACUAUCUGCGGUUAUGCGUGAUACUGGAGCCGAUGCAGGAGCUGAUGUCGCGACACAAAGCGUACGCGCUGUCGCCGCGCGACUGCCUCAAGACCACGCUGUUCCAGAAGUGGCAGCGCAUGGUCGCGCCUCCCGAGUCGCAGCGGCCGGCGAGCAAGCGGCGCAAGCGCAAGGGCAGCGCGGGCGCGGGCGCCGCAGCCGCCGCGCCCGCCAAGAAGCGCUCGCCCGGGCCCAGCUUCAACCUCGCCUCGCAGGACGUGAUGGUGGUGGGCGAGCCGUCGCUGAUGGGCGGCGAGUUCGGCGACGAGGACGAGCGCUUGAUCACGCGGCUCGAGAACACGCAGUACGAGGGCGAGGACUGGCCCGCCCCGCCCCCCGCCUCACCCGCCAAGACCUCGCCCCAUCCCCACUGAGCUCCCGACCACCACACACCACACACCACUACCAUAUAAAUAUUAAUUAUUAUAGGCCCAGGAUAAAUUAUAAUAAUAAUAAUA